AUGCUAAAUUCACCAUUUGAGCGACGAUACCAGAGAAAUGAAUGCCAUAUUGAUUCCUUGGCAUUCAAUGUCCCUGUUCUCGAUCGAUUUCCUAUUUCUGAAAACUUUUCUUCGUCAAGCUUUUCCCCUUCUGGAUUCGUCGUCACAAGUGACAAAGUGGUCAGGAAACGGUAAGGCAUCAGCGCUUCAACACAGAUGCACAAUUGCAACGAAGUCAUCCUUGUAAGAGUGGAGCGUUCCCCCAAUGAAUGUGGUCUCCACGUCCUGUCCAAUUUCUAA